CUGCCCAUUCCUGACGUUGGACGGUACGCAUUGAGUGUGUCGUUUAUUGCGGGGGACGCUGGGAAGUGGAAGAUAUUUUGCUGAUAUCCGGGUCUUGAAAAAAUACGCCCACAGUUGUUUGCCAGUCUACGACCGUCGAAGAGCUGCCGUGUUUAAUGCACCUGUUCCCCGAAACGCCAGCAACGUCUUCGAAGAGACGACGUUCAACAGGACUGUCGAAGUGGCGAGAGUCGGCAUUCGUUAUAUAUGGGGAACGGAUUAUCCGGGACUGUUGAAAUGGCUUCAAUGGGAUCAAUAAUCCAACCAACGGGAUUUUUUGAAACUGGACACGUGUCGAAUAGAUGCCAAGUUCGGUACACCUGUUCCUCGCAACGGCAGCAACGUCCAAGUUGAAAUGGGUUCAACCAAUCGCUAAUCCUAUCAACGGGAUUUUUGGAAACAGCAAUUGAACGGGAUAUAACUAUAAAUGAGAAUUCUGUCUGGCUGCUACUAAAUGAGGCAUUGUCCCAUUUUCUUGCUGUUUCUCGAUUGUGUUUACCAGCUGACCUGUCAAUAUCCAACAGCAUUUGAAUUCUCGGAGUUCUUGCUUCAGCAUCUCUGGUCUACGUCCUACUCAUGUCUAUAUGGGUCUUUCCUAUUUGAUUGUGAAAAGGAACAUUUGGAUGUGAUCUCAUUGUCAAGUCUAAUGUCCACAAGUGGCAGAAUGAAAUCUGCGUGGGAAGAUGUCAGUAUGUCAGAAAACAGUAAAAAUCCACUUUAUGGAGUAGUGGGCAAGGAGAGUCAGUUUUCUUCAAUGUUGGGCAUAAAGCCAGAGAUUAGUGACCAUGACUACCUGCAACCGAAUGUAUCUAUAGCAGCUCUUCGUUUCUGGUCAAGUUGCUAUUUGAGGUGGAUCCCUAUUGCGCACAGUGAGAAUGGUGAACAAUUGUCAGCUGUUUCUAUACAGCAGCUGGUGGUGGAGGAAAUUGAUUGGCUGCUGCGAAGACCUUGUGGAGACAUUGCUUUGGCCCAGAUAGUUCAUAAUGCAAAGUCCGAGUCUCCUGCUCCUCUACACGAACCAUACCAUGAUCAGCCAUCAUCUGUCAGAUCCCGUGCCAUGACUAUGCCUACCCUCAGACCCGAGUCUCGUUCAAAGACCAAUGUUGCUAGAGGAUCUUACAAUUCAUUUCUUGAUGAUAUGAGCAUUCGCAGUUUUUCUAUGGGCAAUUUUGCUGAAGAAGUUUUCAGCAUGGUUGAACGCACCAGCAGUUUAGCACUAAAAGAUGGCGGUGUUGUGCCGACAAUGGAAGCAUCCCAUUCCGCAUCCAAGAAGAGCAUAGACAGCAAUGCUGUGUACGUAUAGCUCUAACCUUUAUACGUAAACAUGAGUAGGUGUUAACAUUUUGUUACUUCCCAUGGUUGGUCACACAUAGUAUCUUGUAAUAUGUGUAAUGGCAAGGGAUGUGUAUUUUAAGAGUUGUUUGUCAGGUUGAGUUUAUUAGUUAAUUAAUAUGGGAG